GAUUAGGGUAAAAUCACAUCUAAUCUCAUACUCUACAUUCCCCCCCAGCAGUUUUUUUUACAGUUAUCGGAAAACCGCGGCAGUUGAUAAAUCCCGGCCGGCGUUAACUCAGGCGCGUCAGAGAGAUGUCUGGCAUCACGAACGCCACCGUUCCUAACCAGGACGCCGCCGGUCUCAACCAGAAUCAGCAGGAGGAGAAGAAGCCAUCCACCGCCGAUCAGAACCAUAUCAACCUCAAAGUCAAGGGCCAGGAUGGGAAUGAAGUAUUUUUCCGGAUUAAGAGGAACACACAAUUGAAGAAGCUGAUGAAUGCUUACUGUGACAGACAAUCUAUGGAACUGAGCUCUGUUGCAUUUCUGUUUGACGGUCGUCGUUUGAGACCAGAACAGACUCCUGACGAGCUGGAGAUGGAGGAUGGGGAUGAGAUAGAUGCAAUGUUGCACCAGACAGGAGGCAGUUUAUGUGGUGUUAUUAUAUAUACCAAUUGAGGAAUGCGGGGGGAGGGGAGCUGCCAAAAAUAGAAGGUAUUAUGGUGGUAUUUGUGGCGGAGGAGUGGUGGUGCCGCCUCGGCCCAUGGGCUUUCGCCAUUGUUGGUUAGUUUGUGUUCCAACCAGAGUUUAUUUUAACCUCACAGGGUUUUCUCCCUUGUGUUUGUUUAUGUGUGACCAUGUUUGGUACCCUAACUCUUAGUUGUUAGCUCUCGUAUAAAAAAUAAAAAUAUUGGACGCGA